GAGAUGAAUAUGUACUAAACUAACACAAUGCUAACAUGCCGAACUAACAUCCCUAACUAGAACAAGUCUACGACACUUACUAGUAAUUUUUUUAACCAUCACAAUUGCACAAAUUUGAUCUAAAUCUUACAAAAUUGAUGUAUUGAAAUUUAACUUGCAAUUACCACAAAGACAAGACAACAGAGAAAAAAAAAAAAAAAAAAGGUUUUGGUAUCAAGUUCUGAUGGCACUGUCGCACUACCAAUGGAUAGAUUCUCCACAAUAAGCAUUUAAUAUUCAGAAAUUGUACAACUCUUUGCCAAAUUUAGGGGUUUUAUUCGUCCUAAACCCCUAAAAAGGUCGUCUUUCUCUUUUCUCCCACAAUUUUAACACCAACAAAGCAUUUCUGCUCUACGACUCUUCCAACUUUUCUGGAAUUUUUUUUUUUUCAAUUUCCAGAUUUUACGCUCUUAGAGUUGUAGUAGGUUGAAAUUCCUCCAAUUUUGUAGAAACCCCAAAUUAAUCAACCCAGAUUUGUAGAUUUCCACUUUCUCUCUCCUCAAAUUCCAUGGCUACAACUGACGUCAGCCCUAAAUUCCACAACCACGAGCUCCGACCACUCCCUGACCACCCUCCGCCGCCGCCACCUCCGCCGCAGCAGCAGUUAGCAAUGGAUCCUUCGCCGUCGCACACGCACCACGACGGUCUUCUCUUUUGGCAAUUCAUGGUUGCAGGUUCAAUCGCCGGGUGCGCCGAACACAUGGCUAUGUUCCCCGUUGACACCAUUAAAACCCGAAUGCAAGCUCUCGGUUCUUGCCCAAUUAAAACUGUCGGUGUUCGGACCGCUCUCCGGUCCAUUCUAAAGUCCGAUGGGACUGCCGGGCUUUACCGGGGAAUCGCUGCAAUGGGGCUGGGUGCCGGCCCGGCUCACGCCGUUUACUUCUCGAUGUAUGAGUUUUGUAAGAAAGAAUUUUCAGGCGGAAACCCUGAUAAUCAUGUAGCACAUGCUGCAUCAGGGGUUUGUGCUACGGUUAUGAGUGAUGCGGUAUUGACUCCACUGGAUAUGGUGAAGCAGAGGUUGCAGCUUAGUGGGGGGAAUGGUGGGGCUUAUAGAGGGGUUUGGGAUUGUGUUAAGCUGGUUUUUAAGAAGGAAGGGUUUGGGGCGUUUUACGCGUCGUAUAGGACUACUGUGAUCAUGAAUGCUCCGUUUACUGCGGUGCAUUUCGCUACUUAUGAGGCUGCUAAGAAGGGUUUGAGGGAGGUUUCUCCUCAUCAUACUGAGGGGGAUGAUGAGGACGAGGGGUUGAUUGUUCAUGCUACGGCUGGGGCAGCUGCUGGGGCGCUUGCUGCUGUGAUUACUACGCCGUUGGAUGUUGUCAAGACGCAGUUGCAGUGCCAGGGCGUUUGUGGAUGUGAUAGAUUCACUAGUGGUUCAAUAAGGGAUGUUAUUAAAACCAUAGUUAAAAAGGAUGGAUACAGGGGGCUCAUGAGGGGAUGGUCUCCUAGAAUGAUGUUCCAUGCUCCUGCUGCAGCGAUUUGUUGGUCUACAUAUGAAGCCGCAAAGACCUUCUUCCAGGAUUUGAAUGACCAAAAAAAUAGCAGCAGUGUGACCUAAUUUAUGUUGAGCUACUCAAUUUUUUUCCCACUUAUUUAUGAGUGCAUUGCUGUGAAAGGUACAGAUAUUCAGUGAUAAACAUGGCAUCAUACACAUAUACAUGCAUUCUUCAGGUUCGUAGUUCUAAUUGAGGAGCAGCUUCAGGCUAGUUAGAAUGUCAGACUGUAUUGUAUCAUUAUGUUCAAAAUUUUGAUAAUUUCAAAUUACAUUAAGUGGUUUUCAUUUUGUUCCAAUUCUGAGUAAUAGCUGGUAGCCUGGUACAACAUCAGAUCUGUGGAAAAGGAAUUUAUAAAUUACCAGUAGCAAAAUAAUAUCUUGGUGAAUACAAGAAUUUUAAGGUGUUGGAUAUAGUUAGAAAAAGGCCUAAGUUGCAAAGAUUUGUAUGAAUAAGUACUUAUUUUUAUUUUUUUAAAAUUUUCUUUUUAUACUCUCUUUGUAGUUUAAUGUUCACAGAUCAUUUUUGUAUUUUGGCAGUUGUUGACAAUUUUGCUGUAAUAGUUUGAUUAAUCUUGCAACAUCAUCUUGUAGUGCAAUCGUGUUUAUAAUACUCCAUAUAUCCAUGGACCACGGCUACGUAGCUAAUUGCUUGGAGUUGAAUAGCUUGAACUUUGGUCCAGUGGUACUGUGGUAGGCAUCCUCUACUAGGUGGACGAUGCAAUUUUGGGGCAAAUAUUAGACAUUCAC